UAUAGCUGCAUUCAAUUAAUCAGAUAAUUUCACAGAAGCCAGGACAAAGUCGUUACCAAUAUUGUCUACGAUUUCUUUCUGCUGGAUAAAGCAUGUCUAAUUUUUCUGUAUGUUCAUGCAUAAGUCUGCCAAGUGGCAUUUGCUGAACGUGAUCACCUUGUGAAAUGUGGCUUCAGUUUAUGGACAUCACAAGGUGCAUGCAUAUCCCAAGGAAUUCAGCAUAUGGGAGUGGAACAUCUGGGUGAAUAUUUUUUGCUUGAUGUUUGUCAGAAUUGCAUUUUUACAACCAUUUCCUCAUCAUUGCCGGUUUUGUCACUGACAGUGUAUGAUAUGGAGACCUACUGGAAGAACAAGAGCUCUAGUAUCUUGGAAACCCUUCGGUUCUAUCCUAUGGCCCUACCCCAGCAUGAAUCAUGCAGCCAUGAACUACUGUAUUCACUGGCUUACAACUUCCUGGUAGUAACGAUGCUUGUGUUGAACAUGAACCAUGAAGCAAAGCAACCUGAUCAUCUGCCAGUUGCUGUUUGGUUUGAGGAGUUCUCGCUAGUAAGGUGGUGCCUCUUGCGCUGGGUAAAAAUGUUUCCUACGAUGGAGAGAAUGGACAAUAAUCCACAUAUUAUCCAUUUGGUGAUUGGAUUGGAAAUCCUCAAACCUUGGCUGUCAAUAUUUGUGGCAUUUGGAAAAUUACCUGUCUUCAUGCCCUUUCAAGCACGUCCUGGGCAAUCUUGAGACCCAUCUUAUUGGUCUCAGUUGAGUGACUGAAAACUAUUCUACCAGCCUGUGGUUUUUUCGGAAAAUAAGGCCCCACCCCGGCUCCACAUUUUAUAUAUGAAACCAAACAAACCACGGACUACCAGCCUGUGGUAUGUGGGUUCAUUCUACUAUAAAGAUUAUGGGAAAGGUUAUUGUGCAGACGUUCCCUAGGAGGGCAUGGCAAAACAAACCUUUUUUUAUGGCAAUUUAUGUUGUCACGAGGAUGACAAAUUCCUUCAGGAAGCAUGGCAAAUUCUGACAAAAAACUGAACUCGGCGGAUAUGCCAUGCUUGCUGAAGAGAUUUGCCAGCCACAGACAGCACAAAUUGCCAUGAAAAUCAUUCGCAUUGCCAUGCCUCGCAGCGAACGUUCGCUUGUUCUAGCGGUCCAAGUUUAUUGCUUAUGAAGUUUGUCAUUGCUAUUAAAACAUGGAGGACAUGCUCGAGUAGCCAUACCCGACUCUAUUUCUUGUAUCAUGGUUAGGUGCUCCAGUUGAUUUUCUUUGUGCUUGAGGUGCAUUUCUCUACUGUCUCCAC